AAAUUUACACUACACUACAGCAGAGGCGAAACCUAGUGGCGGCUAAACAGCGGCCGUGGCCACAAACGCUGCUAAUUGAAUAGAUCCCCGCAGAGGUCAGCUGCGGUCUAGAGAGAAGCCGCAAAACGACCCUGGGUAGCGGCCAUGCACUCAGAACCGCUGCCAAUUUUGGGCUCUAUAUAACUUCAAUCCUCUUUAUUUUACCCAUCCUCUUGGCACGAAGACAAACACGAUCAGAGGCGCGAAGAGCACUCAACCUUUCCGCGAGAACACCCAGAAAUCCCGCUAGUUGAUUUUGGUAGCGCGCCAAACACGAGCGGGAGCAGAGCCGCGCAAUAUCAGCACAAGAACCCACCCAGAAACCCCUUGCCAAAUCCCUGACCUCUGCUCCACCCGCCGCUUCUGUCUUGGCUGUCGAAUCGCGCAGCUGCCAACCGUGGUCCUAUAACCGGCGAAGAAGUUAAGCAUCCCAUCGAUCAUGCGUGAAACAGCUACAACGUCCUCCACUCUGCGCCAAUCUUAGCUAUUGCGGCAUCUCCCCUUUCACUGCAAUUCUCUCUACCAGUAUUCUUUUCUGAAAGCACAGAAUUUUGUAAUGAAUGGCUAGGAAAGGCCAGUUUACAAAAAAAGCUAGAUCAGGACCAGCAUGCCAGCAGUCUCAAAAGGCACCGGCUCCGGCCCCGUCUCCGACUUCGGCUCUCCACCAAGAUGACUCUAAAAUUCCCCCAGCAAGCUGUGGUAGUGUCCAAACAACCGUACGCCCGUUCUGUCCACCGCGUAGUGAACCAAGGCCUGCUCCACAGACGCGCAUUUAUAGCAGUCAGAACUCAGAGCUGGGACACGUAGACUUGGACGAAAAUGCUCAUGAGGCGGAUUCUAUUGAUCAAGAAGUUGAUGACCGCUUUGCUGCUUCUAGAGCUCAGAAUCGCAGAGGACGGAAGACCACAGAGUAUUGGACGGUUAAGACCAUCGAUUCCGAUGGCAUAAUCAAGCCGGCUAAAGUGAGUGUGAGGGAGGCUAUGGAACGGCCCAAUGGUAGAAGGAUCAUGCUUAGGUUCAACAAUGAAAAGCAGCCAGUUGGAGACGAAGCUGGACUGUUGAGUGGCGUUCUUGGUAUGCUGGGGUCUGACUACGGAAAAUUUCCUAUCUGUGAGGAAAGUUGGCGUCACGUUACCACUAAAGACAAAGUCUAUAAUAAAUGUGUCAAGCAAAUCUUUCAGUUUGAAGAAGAUAGUGAAGGAAUAAUAAGAAAAAAUAUUUUGAAAAGUAUGGGGAAGUCCUGGAAAGAUACAAGGCUGAGAUUGUAUGAUGAUUACUACGAGCCAACUUUGUUGACUGAAGAAAAUAUCGAGAACCGUCUGCCGGGAAUUGAUCGAGACCACUGGAGAUGGUAUCUUGAUUAUCGCGCCAAACCUAAGACGAAGGAGAAGUGCAGGAAAAUGCGGUAAAUCGAUCAAAACAGAUGUAUACCCACACUGGCGGUUCGAAAAGCCUGGCUCGGCGGAGGGAAGAAGAGUCAGAACAAGAGGGAAGGAUAAUUGGUAGAGGAGAGUUGUGGAUCAAGGUUCACAAAAGAAGGGAUGGCUCUUAUAUUAAUGAUGAGGCAAGAGAAAUUGUUGAAAGACUUCUAGAGAUUGAGCAAUAAGAUGAGUCCUCCAGAGAGUUGUCCCAAAAUGAUUCCAUUGCUCAGGUUUUUGGAAGAGAGAAACCGGGUAGAGUGCUUGGAGUGGGUUUUGGACCAAAUCCUAGUCAACUCUUUGGUACAAAUUUGCAACCGUUAGUAAACAGAGUCCAAGUAGAGGAAACGCAAAGGAAGCUGAAUGAACUACAGACAGAACUAGAAGCCGAGAAAUUGAAAAGGAAGGCGAUGGAAGAUGAAGCAGCAGCAGACAAGAAAAGGAUAAAGGUAAUGGAGAGUGCUUUGAUUUAUCUUUUUUAACGGCAAGGUGAGGAGCUGCCACCAGAGCUUGCUGCAGGGAUGUGUUCAAUGGAAUGAUACAGUAAUUAUUUUGGAUUGAUGCAUACUUUUUUUUAAGUAGACUACACAACUCUUAGCAAGAGAUUAUAUUUUGUUGAUAUUUUGAUAAAUACAUUUUGGUUUGUGGAUA